CAUUGAAGCCAGCAAGUUUGGAGAGCGUGUUGAGUUUAAUCAAUUCAUAACGUCGAGAUGGAGCCGAACUCACUGAAGUGGGUGGGCUCGUCUUGUGGUUUACACGGACCAUAUAUAUUCUAUAAAGCCUUUAAAUUGUACCAGGACGGCAAACCGAGGAUUCUGUCUCUCGGAGACUUUUUCUUCGUCAGAUGUAAACCGGAGGAUCCCGUUUGCAUCGCGGAGCUUCAGCUGCUCUGGGAAGAAAGAACGAGCAAGCAACUUUUAUCCAGCUCCAAACUUUAUUUUCUGCCAGAGAAUACUCCCCAAGGACGCACGGUGGGCCAUGGAGAGCACGAGGUCAUCGCCAUGUCCGAGAAGGUGAUCGUGCGGUUGGAUGACCUGGUAAAGUGGACGGUACCGGACGUCCCAGGAUGGGCCCAUGGGCUGAAGGUGGAGCCUCUGAAACCCUCUGUGCUGCGGGAGCUGGGGACCAACGGGAGGCGAGAGGCCCUCCACCGUUACCGAGAGAGCACGCUGACCAGCGGACUUAACUUCAAGGACGUCCAGAGGGAACGAGCGCAGCUAGGCCAGGAGGAGGAUGGGCGAAAGGUUUUGGUCCUCAGUUACCCUCAGUAUUGCCGAUACCGCUCGGUUUUGGCACGGCUCCGAGAGCAGCCAUCCUCUUUGCUUAUCAACCACACGGUGCUGGCGUUGGGUGGCAUCGCUGCGUUGGGUGGUGCCGCGAGGAUCCUGUACUGCCGGGACACCUUUGACCACCCCACCCUUCUGCAGAACGAGAGCAUCUGUGACGAGUUUGCUCCCAACCUGAAAGGGCGACCGCGCAAGAAGAAGCUAUCCUUCUCCCAGAGGAGGGACUCCCAGGGCCAGACUCAGGGUCAAGAUCAAGGGUUGCUGGGGUCAACCCAGGGCUCAACAACAGUGGCAACUCAGGACUCCUGCAUCUCAGAUAGCAAAAUGCCAACAAAGGUUAAACCCAACUGUAAAGUGACGGUACCCAACGGAAAAAUCACUCCAGCAGCCAAACACAAAGCGAACAGCCUCAGCAAGAAGUCCUCCGCCGAGGAGAAGGAGAGGGCGAAGGAGAAAGAAAAGGAAAAGGAGGAGAAGAGCGGGGAGGAAAAGAAAGAGGAGGAAACAGAGGAGAACAGAGCAGAGGAGCAGGCUUUCUUAGUAGCACUCUACAAGUACAUGAAAGAGAGGGACACGCCCAUCGAGAGGAUCCCCUUCCUUGGCUUCAAACAGAUCAACCUUUGGACUAUGUUUCAAGCUGCUCAGAAACUCGGAGGAUAUGAGUUGAUCACAGUUCGCAGACAGUGGAAGCAUGUUUAUGAUGAAUUAGGUGGGAAUCCCAGCAGCACAAGUGCCGCCACAUGUACACGGAGACACUACGAGAGGCUCCUCCUACCUUACGAAAGGCACAUUAAAGGGGAACAGGACAAGCCUCUCCCUUUGGCCAAACCCAGGAAGCAGGAGAAUAUCCAGGAGAAAGGAUCAGGAGCCAAAGUCAAAGGAGGAACGCCCAAGAAACCUAAAGUUCCCAGUAACCCCAAACAGGCGAGUAAAAAGGAUCGAGGUGAGGCGGUCAAAGCAGAUCAAGAACAGACACAGGACUCCAAGGUGAAAGAAGAGAAUCAUGAACUCCCCUCAGCCAUAAAACAGGAGGCGUCUCUGAGAAACGAACCUAUUAUCAUAGAGGAGGAAGAGUUACACGUUACGCUGAAGAAAGAAGAGUCCUUGCCAUCAGAACAGACAUCGACACUCUGCGUUCAAGAGCCAAACUGUAGAUCCGCCCGUGCCGGUCUGCCCCUCCACACGGGGCCGAGUCCCCAGCCUGAGUGGAGGCAGAUCAAUGAAGCCCACCAAAUAAAACUCACCUGUGAACAGCAAACUGAAAGGCAUUUCCUUCCAAAAAAUCCAUGCCCACCUCACAGGUGGGAUCAGAACAAAGCUGCUGGACUUGUAGCCCUGCCCGAACCCGCAUUUAGGGUCAAAGACUCCAUAGAGAAUCAUGGCGGGAGAGUGGGGAAGGUGCUGCCCAUGUUUAAGCAGGCCGAUAGACAGACUGUGGACUCCAGCUCAGAUUCCUUUGUUGCAGAGAAAGACUGUGGGAUUAUUAAGAAGGAUUCUGCACCGGGUUCCACACAGGCAGCUGCCUACUGCAAAGCCAGUCAGGGCGUCAUGUCACCUUUGGCUAAAAAGAAGCUUCUCUCUCAAGUUUGCGAGUCCAACCCUUUCUCCUUUACGUCCUCACUACAGCCUCCACCUCCGACAGGCGUUCCAUCGCUCCCAGUGGUCUCUGUCGUUGAGAGGGAGAAGAGGAAAGGUGAGGAGGAGGUCUCAGGACAGAGGCGCGGCUGUGCAGCAGACAGCAUCACCGAGAUAGCGCCGAUGUUCAGGCCGUCAGUCAUCCAACACGCCCAAAGCACCAAGCCUCACCAACAACAAGCCACGAGUAUCCAAUCAGAGAGGAGUCCUCCUGCAGAGGUUUCAGUGUCAUACAGCUGCAGAUUAAGCCACCACCUCCAGGCUCAAGCCAAGCCGCCGUGGCAGCCAUACCUCCCUCGAAACCAUGCUCAGGAUGGGGUGGAGAACGCAGGAGAGAAGCUUCUCCAAAGCCCAGCUGCUCCGCCUCGGACCUACACGGGCGACUGCUACUCCUCUCCUCACCUCCACAGUCUGUACAGGCAAACUGAAAACUGUCUGAGCCAGGACAGGAUGGCUGGCUUCCCCAACGGGGAGCAAAGAGAGCACUACGCACGAGAUGGCGAACGCAGCUUUGUUUGCGGUGCCAUUGAGCCGGAGGGCCUGGCCUACCGAUCUCACUACACUGACAGGACUCAAACACACGAAGAGAGCAGAGAGGCCGACGACGAGCCCAGAGACUUCACGAUAUCCAAACCCCUCUCUCAGAGGAUCUCUUCCUUUUCUAAGCCCCCCUUCUGUAGUCUCCCCUAUCCCAUCAUGCACCAGGGUUUGGAUUCCCACCCCAAAGCAUGCCGAGUCCCUCCUAUGACAAUCUCUCCUCACAAACAGAGUAACCCCGAACAGUCUCACCAAUUCUCCAACCCCAAAACGUCCCCCGAUGUGUCCCUCACCACCCUCGUCAGGCCCAGCAAGCGGAGCCUCGUUGAGCCUGAGAGCGAGAAGGUCCCUGAAAGGAAAGUCCGCGUGGUGACACCAAUCCAUCCUGCGGGCGCCGUCCGUCGCAGUGACCCUGAAGAGCUGAAACUGGCAGAGCCAGCGCACGCCGUUCACCUCAACAACCAUCUCCCCGAGGGCCACACCACCAACACCUUCCCGCCACCCCACGCCACGCCCCUCUAUCCGGGCAUCUACCCUCCAGGAAGCUUGGUUUCUCCAGGAGCCCAGGACGGGCUCCAGCAGCAUCCCACUCUGCAGUACCUGAAGAGCCAGACGGCUGUGUCGCCCCUCAUGCCCCCAUUAGCAUUCCACUCCAUGAUGCUCCACAGGCAGCUGCUGGCCUCCAGCCCCAGCCCGCACCACUUCUACCGGCACCCGGGCGGGGUGGCGCUGUACGAAGAUCUCCUGCACCACUUGUACCCACUGUCCACCCUCCCGCCUCCUCAGCUGUCCUCAGUUCACCCCAGCACCAGACUGUGAGAGGGGAGACUCAGGGAUGCGUGCCGCCUUUCUCCCUCGCCACAAAUGUUUCCGGCUUCUCGUGGGGAUUGCGGUUCAGUUGGAGAGAUAACACUGAUGAUAAAACUUUGGCUGAUUACACACUGAUUCACUCAGUGAGGCAGACUGAAAAUUCCUCUUUUUUUUCUUUGUUUGUUUUUAUACAUUGCACUGUUUUGUAUUUUUUUUUUUCUGUCACCACUUACUGUAUGUUUUUGUUUUGUUUUUUUUUCUGUCUCAUUGUAUCUUUAUUUGCACAAUGCGGACAUGUAUGUGCUCACAAAUCAAAUCUGUCGCCCCGAGUCAUCUUCUUGCUUCUGUGAAAAGUGGAAGGCGUCAGAGAAAAGCCAUUUGUUUACCAUGUCUGAGGGCUACACGUUGUUGCUUAAAAACAAACAAACAAACAAACAAACAAAAAAAAACA